CAGUAGCUGUCAGCCACUGUACGUGUACCUCUUCAGCGGACACUCCCCCACUAAAACCCCACGGACCGGGCCACACAAUAUUCCGCUCCACCCCCAGGAGCCGGCAAGCGUGGUGGCAGCGCGGCUCUCAAUGGCCCAGCUCAGCCGACUGUAGUGGAAAAAGUUGGACGUUACGUUCCAUUCGACAAUCCCGCAAACCUCACCGAACCCGCACCCGACCACCCACCAUGUUCGGCCCCUUCCGCUUCACGAACCCGUUGUCGGGCGGUCUCCUAUGGAAGAUCCCCUGGAGGAUGUCCAAGUUCCAGAAGCGCCGCCACCGCAUGCGCCUCCGCGCCGUCGACAACGUCGUCGCGACCGUCGACGCCGCCCUGGCCAAGAACGGCCAGACCCUCGAGGCCCUCGAGCGAUGGAAGGCCGAGAUGCCCACGGAGGCUGAGAUGCUACCCAAGGACAAGUACACCAUGUUCGACAGGAAUGCCAAGCGUUACCGCAAGGGCAUCCAUAAAUUGCCUAAGUGGACGAGAGUUUCGCAGCGAGUCAACCCCCCUGGUUACUAAUAUGGAUGAAAACGGGCUGAACGAAACACCUGCGGGUUGCGAAUCGAAUGGGAAUUGGGCGAACAAUGCACAUCUCUUGCGGUGGGAUUGCUGGCGGAUCGGGAUCCCGUAUGGUUCCAUGUACAACACCUUGUUUCGACUACGGAGCACAAAAUCUCACGACACACGCUGCCGAAAUACCGCGGCAUGAAGGCAUGGAUGGUGGCCCCAUGCGCAGUGCGGGAAUAGACCAGGACGCUUAUGAAAUGGCUGAUGUGGACGAGGUCAGUGAAGGAUCAAAUACAAGAACAUCUAGACCAUAUAGCCUUGGCACUACCAAAAUGACAAGCAACU